AUGGACGAUUAUAAGUGUAGCAAUGAUGAUAUGCUGGAGCGCAUAUUACAAGAUCCUGAUUCAAUGCCAAGAGUUAUGCAAUUAGAAUAUUUGAAGAUGAUCACAGAUAAUUUCUCCGAUGAGCGAUUACUCGGUGAAGGUGGGUUUGGUAAGGUUUAUGAGGGAAAGCUUCAAAAUGGAAAAAUUAUUGCCGUGAAGAAGUUUAACUUUAAACGGUUAACAAAUCCAGAUGUUCAGGAGAAGCUGUUUAUGAAUGAGGUGGUUCCACUUAUGAGUCUCAGGCACCCCAAUAUAGUACGAUGUGUAGGAUAUUGUUCCGAAAAAAGCAGCAAAAUUGUAAAGCACAAUGGAAUUUUUGUUCUUGCGGAAUCGCAGCCGGAGAUGUUACUUUGCUUGGAGUAUUUGACAAUGGGCAGCCUCGACAAACAUCUUAAAGGUAUGGCAAUAGUCUCUCUUCUUGUUUCAACUAUUGGGAUUUCAAUUAUGUGGUUUGUGAGCAUCUCCACUACAGCAAUACCACAUUUUAUCAACAAAUAUCAUUAA